AUAGCAAAGAAGAAUUCGCAAAAACGAAGCGUACGACAAACAAUACUUAAAUUCCUUUCUUAGUUGAAGUAAUUUUUAUAGUGAAAGAUUUAAAAGAGCGUUGCGUGUGAGCGUUCUGACGUCAAAAAUACUUGUGAAAUCUGCAAAAAAUGCCUAUACAACUGGAUAAAAUAUUGAAUGAUAUAGCCCGUGAAAAAGUGUUGCAUCCUAACUAUCCUGGCGCGACGAAAAAAGAGGUAGAUGAUGCUUGGUUAAGAGUGGGUAAGAACAACAGUUUGUCUGUACAUGAGUCGCGUUCCAUAUUUAAAGUGUUGCAAAAGAAAUAUGAACAAGAAAAGGGAAAGGAGAACUCUGCAUGGAAACUGUAUGCAAUAAUGGAUAAAAUUCAUCAGAAAAUUGAGAUUAAAACGGAAAUGAAGGAAGAAGAUAACAUUCCUUUAGAGGAAGACGAGGAAUAUGAGAUGUUGGAGGUACAAGAAGAGGAGGAGUCUUCUGCUCCACCAGUGACUUCAAAUGAAUCGGGUUCUGAAAUGGAGAAUCCUUUGAAAUCAAGCAGCUUUGUAACAUCGCCAGAUAAAGAAGAUAAAACUUUAAUGAAAAGCGUAAAUCGUAAUGCAAUUGCUUCUACUCAAUCUGAUCAGAUCCACUCUACCAAGCUUUUAAAUUCCAUGGCUUCUAAUGUACCUCGAACAAAUUUAACGAACACUUCAAAAGUUUCAGCGUCUACUGCAGCUGCUUUACAAAAAAAAGGCGUAACUAUGAAAAAGACUCAAUUUACGACAGGUAACCAAGGUCAAACUAUUAACAACAGGUCUUUUACUCAUGUAUCCACUAAAUCUGUGCCAGGAAGUCGUUUGUUGGAGGUAGGCAAAACAAUCCAGUUACCCGAAUCGUUAAAACGUAAAUUGUCAGAAGAUCAGCCCUCUACACCCCUGAAUAAGAAAUUAAUUCAAUUACAUCAACAGCAAACUUCACAAACGUCUGAUCAUGGUUCAUUAGGAACAAAGGGUGUUUCCCAAUCUUCUCUUAUAAAUAACCCAAAUCAGUUAAUUCAAAUUAAACAAGAGAGACCGGAAUCCAUUAAUACAAGCGCGCAUCAGGAUAAUAUUACUACUGCAUCAAGUAUUAACGUUAUCACUAUACCAGCGGCACCCUCAUCUAGCAAUUUAGUCAAUGGAAUAAUAACUACAACUGGUGGGUCAUCCUCGUCUGGUGCACCACCCGUUGCUUCUGCAUCUAUUAACGGCUUCUCGCCACGUUUGGAAGAAAUUGACUUUCGUAGUGAUAUCAUUUUCGACACUGCGAAUACUAACGGCAAAGUGACUAACAAUUCAGAAAUAAUAAAUUUAGGUAAUUUUGAAAAUUCAUUGCCACCCACUUUCUUUAAGAACCUUUGUAAUUCGUCUCGCCAUGAAGCGUUGGGUCUUUAUGUAGCCAACGUUAUGAAUCGUUUGCGUCCACGGUCUGCUGCUAAAUUGGAAUUAGGCAUAUUGAGAGCUAUUAUUGACAUACAAAGCGAAGAAUUUGAGCAGUAGUGCAACAUUUGAUGGUAUUGCUUAUAUUUAAAUAUACGUUUUAUAUUUUAAAAGCACUUUGCUUUUUGUUUCUAACCACUUCAUUCGCAUUUAAA